AUGGAGAACGUCAACGUCGCGGAGUUGGUGGAGCGACUGGGGAGCGAUGAAGAUGCGGUGCGCAAGAUGGCGGUCUUCAAGCUCCAGAAUAGCAUCGGUGACCCCUCCUUCGCGGACCUCUUCAUCACCGACGGAGGAUUGACCCGACUGCGGUAUCUGACCCUCCACGCGAGCGGGAACACCCUGGCAUACAGUCUCACCAGUUUCGCGCGACUCCUCGACGUCGACAAAGGAUGGGAUUGUGUCGAUCAGGAGCUGGUCCAACGAAUUGUUGAGUUGAUCGUCACUCAUCCGCUGGUCAAUAUUCUUCGGGGGGCCAUGUCGAUUCUCGUCUCGAUCGUCUCCCACCCGAGCACCGGCAGCCGCUUGUCGCAGGCCGACCUGUUUGGUUUCCGCGCGCUGAAGCCCGCGAUUGCCAUCUACCCACAAUUUUUGGAGAUGCUCGUUAGUCGACUAUCCUCUGCAGACCACGCCCUAUGCGCCAAUGCCCUUCAAUUAAUCAACUCGCUCAUGCGAGAUUCUAUCACCCACGACUCCGAGGCGGAGUGGCCCAAAUUUAUCCAAAAACUACAAGACUUGGGCGUGAUCCGCGCGGUCUAUGUCCUCAUGCAAGAUUCCGCCCUGCAAGACCUCGCGCAUCCUUUACUCGAAUUUCAAGCUCUCACCAAGGUUCUGCUCCGGAAGUGGCGAGAUAUUCUCAUGUCACAAGAGAAGCCAGAGCACCGACGAGCGUUGAAAGGAAUUUACCUGGCCAGCCUCCCCGAGAAGAGCCCUGGUGAGGCCGACAAUGACGACGAGACUCGGCGGUCCAAGCGCCACCACCCAGACAGAUGGAAACGCCUUGGAUUUGAAUCGGAGAGUCCGACUAUGGAAUUUUACGAGGUGGGAUUCUUGGGGAUGAUGGAUUUGGCCGAUUAUGUGCGCAGUCAUCAGGAUGAGUUCCAGAAAAUGCUCCUGGAGCAGUCCACCAAGCCAUCCCGCCAGCGGUGUCCCAUUGCUCGAGCAUCCUUGGCGGUGACGGCCAUCUUAUACGAACAUUUCGAAGUAGACAAGUCCGAGCUGGAGGACUCAAAAAGCUACCUUAUGAUGGAAUCUCGCUCCAGUCUGGACCGAUUGUUCAGGCCCCUGUUACUACACUGGACCCGAUUGCAUGUGGCCGGGCUGCAGGCUUUCUUCCGCCUGUGGAAAGCCACCGCUGCAGAGACAGAGGAUCUCGACAAAAUCGUGGAGCUUGUCCGCAUUCUGGUUGAGUCGGUGGUUGGGGGAGCAGCCCGAACCAAGGACGUCCAGGAUGUAGAGGAAGAACUGGCCGACUUUGAGUAUCAUCGUUUGCGUGAGCUUCAGAUGGAGCUGCUGGAACUCACCUAUGAAGACGCUUGGGGCCAGCACUUGCGACAGGUGCGUGAGGAACUCCACCACGAGGCUCUUCAAUUCGUGAAAGAACAGAGGAUCCGAUGCUUGUUGCAAGGCGUCUGGUUUCCUCUAGAUGUAAAUUCGCGGUCAGAAUCAGGCCCAGAAAAAUCCACCGCGUCACACCAAUAUGUGCAGCUGUCGCAUAAUCGACGAUAUUUGCACUUUGGGAAGUUUGAUUCCAUAGGCAACCGAGCGCCAGAGCUCGACACUCUACCAGAAAAAACCGCACCUCGUCAACCCUCCACCAAGAUCACCAUCCACGGCUACGCGUCUUCGGGUGCCACAGGCCAUACAAAAGGCCAUGGUCAUGUCCGGUCGGGCAGCAGGACCACCCAGAAGGAGGUUGUUCUCCUCACGCUGCGCCCUUCGUCCCACAGUGUUGCCUCUGAAUGGUUAGAUGGUCUGCUUAUGCUGCUUAACCAGCAGCCGAUCACGGCAGAGACGACUAAGUUGAUUGACCUUGUCAGCAACUAUGGACUGAAGAUCCGUCUGCUCAACGUACGGUUUGACGAUGCUACGUUCGCGGGCGAGGCCCCUCCAGUUCCCUCGCGCCAUGGCCUGGAUGAGGAUUACUUCUAUGAUGUUUUUGGAGGCGCUUAA